AAACCAUCUUAAAUACAUAAUAAACAACAUAAACAUCUUACAUUUUAAAUGAGGAAUUUUACAAUUAUAAAUGUAAAUAUAAAAAUAAUAAUAUAAAAUCAGUCUACAGGCUUUCAGUGAUUUCGGGAAAUGCAGUCCUGAACUAUUGGCCCGACCGAGCAUACAGAAAAAUAAAUCCUUGAUGUUGAGUUUUACAAAAUAUUCCAGUAUGCCUUGCACAUACUAGUAAUCAUUUUGCCAGUGUUCAAUAGGAGGUGAUAGUAGUAGGUUGUCUGAAAGGGAUGGGAAGGUAGAUUUGAAUAUAACAGCGAUCUAGGCAGGUGGUAAUCUGUCUGAAAGAAACUUCCAGGAUGGAUGGACGAGUUGACAGCAUUCACAGGUCAGGUAGCUUGUGUAGCAGGUCACUAUGUUCUUAAGCCCUGCUAUAUUUAGCCAAGUCUUUGGAUGCACUUCAGUUCAGAGCACUUCUGUAGGUAGCAUUGAGUUUAAUGUCGAAACCAUUGCCUUGCUUUUUUUCUAACCAGGAUGUGGGAGUGGGGUAGCUGUUUGCUUUCAUUAGUCCUCAAGGAUAGAGUCAUGGUUAAGUUUGAUCUUGCAUGACAGCAGGUGCAGCAACUUUAUUUAGAACUGCAGUUCAGAUAGUUGCAAAACCAGUUACACUUCUGCAUAGCCUUUGUCCAUUACUAGAUGUUUUUUCCUGCUGCUCACUCAAAAUAGCAUUCAAAAUUAUUUUCCCAGAAGAAAUUUUAACCAAGACUACUGUAUUAGUAAGUCUCUCCAGGGUAAUUAUGCUUACAGUUCAUAGUACUAUGCUUUUAAGCAUGCCUUUUUCAACAGCUAAGCAUUUCUACCAGAUACACUAAAGGGUCUGGGUGACUGCCAAAGUGAUUCGACUCACCUGUUGUUGGAGAACUUAGGGGCACCAUCCAGAACGUUCCUCUCUCAAGGGAGUGUCCAAACAUAAGCUCUGUCUGAGUCUGUCAUUUAUUUCAGACCACUGUUUCAGCCUGGCUAGCUCAGUAAAUGGAGUUUCCGUUGAUUUGCUGGGUAUGGUGUGCUGUUUUUUUGUGUUUAAGUUGAAAAAUACUGCAGUUUUCCAUCUGUUAGUCCAUAUCUGUGAUUACAGUUUAGUUUUUACAGCUUAAUUUUGUUGUCAGUGAAACUUGAGGUCAAUGUAUUUGGUCACAGAGUUAGCUCAGCUCUGUAAGAGGCUUUAACACCUUUGCUAAUCAGAUAGAACUGUGAUUCUCAGUAAAACGGGGAGAAAAUCUUCUCUUGACAAGUUAGAUGUGGAAAAGGCAUCAAAAGUCAGCUGUAAUGUCUAAAGGCAUCUUCUGGGUUUUAUCAAAAUGGGCAGUCAGCCAUGUGAUCAGUUCACCUAGUUUUCCUGUGCGUGUCCACAUACAGUAGCUGGGAAUUCUAACCAUGUGUCAAGUUGCAGUAGGGGAACUUAUUGGCAGUAAACACCUGGUCUAAUUGGCAAUAAUAAUACAUUUUUUCAUGAUUGAACAGUGCUGGUGGGGCUUUUAGCCAGUUUAUAAUGAAUUUAAUGGAUGCUUAGAUCAUCUGUAGCUGUUUAUCUACGAUCAGUGAAGGCCAUAUCACUGAUAAUCUGGUUUCGACUAGUCUGUCAAUGGGUGGAGGGACAGAGUUCAUUUCAUUGCAGGGUUGUACUAAAGAUUUAACAUGACCAAAUCUUACUUAUACACAGUAUGUUAAUCAUACAAAAAAGAGAAAGAAUGUAAAAAAAAAAAACUUAUUUUUUUCCUUAAUGUUGGUUCCCUUGUCAUCGUCUUCAAUUGAAGUGGUGCAGUGUGUCUUUGUUUUUUUUAUCAGUGAAUGUCCUGCAUUAUCUGAGAACUUUGAGGGCUAUGUCAUAGUACAGAGGUCCAAACUGUCAACGUCACCUGAAACCGGUGUAGUCUCUCACUUAGUUCAAACGUGGCAGGUUUUUCAAGAUGGACUGCACUGAAAGUGAACCACCAUUAAUGCAAGAUCGUUUGGAGGUGUUGGGCCCUGCCGUGUCUCCCAAUGCUCUGUCAACCAGUUCAGACGGCGGUCAGUACGGUGUGGAUUCAGUGGAUGGAACUCCAGACCCUCAGCGCACCAAGCAGGCCAUCGCUCAGCUGCAGCAGAAGAUCCUCAAACUCACAGAGCAGAUCAAAAUCGAACAAACGGCAAGAGAUGACAAUGUAGCCGAGUACCUGAAGCUGGCCAACAAUGCAGACAAACAGCAGAGCGCUCGCAUCAAGCAAGUGUUUGAGAAGAAAAACCAGAAGUCUGCGCAGACCAUCCAGCAGCUGCAGAGGAAGCUAGAGCAUUACCACCGCAAGCUCAGAGAGGUGGAGCACAACGGAAUACCACGGCAACCCAAAGAUGUCCUGCGAGACAUGCACCAGGGUCUGAAGGAUGUGGGUGCCAAGGUUACUGGUGGACUCUCAAGUAUCUCUCAAGCAACUCACUCUGCCGCAGGAGCAGUUGUGUCCAAACCUCGUGAGUUUGCCUCUCUCAUCCGCAACAAGUUUGGAAGUGCAGACAACAUCUCUGCCCUAAAAGACUCUCUGGAUGAACAACAAGGAGACGAGCCUGUAACAAGUGCAGGGACAGCAGGCACUAGGACCCUAGGACCUGGGCAGCUGCAGUCCAGCCCAAAGUAUGGCAGUGAGGACGACUGCUCCAGCGCUACGUCAGGGUCAGCAGGAGCAAAUAGCACCACGGGGGCUCCUGGAGGCCCUCCGAGCUCAAAGGGUAAUACACUGGAUCAUGCCCAGAGCUCUGGCUUUGAUGCACUGCUGCAUGAGAUCCAGGAACUGAAGGACAACCAGAGUCGACUAGAAGAAUCGUUUGAAAACCUUAAGAGCCACUAUCAGAGAGACUACACAGAAAUCAUGCAGGCCCUGCAAGAGGAGAGAUACAGGUGUGAACGUCUAGAGGAGCAGUUGAAUGAUUUAACAGAGCUGCAUCAAAAUGAGAUUCUCAACUUGAAGCAGGAGCUGGCCAGCAUGGAGGAGAAAAUUGCUUACCAGUCUUAUGAACGAGCCAGAGACAUACAGGAGGCGCUGGAGGCCUGUCAAACACGCAUCUCUAAGAUGGAGCUUCAACAGCAGCAACAACAAGUGGUUCAGUUGGAAGGUUUGGAAAACGCCACAGCACGCACUUUACUCGGCAAACUCAUCAACGUGCUGCUGGCCGUAAUGGCGGUACUUCUAGUGUUCGUCUCAACGGUCGCAAACUGUGUAGUUCCGCUGAUGAAAACGCGUAGUCGUACGCUUUCCACAUUGCUCCUUGUUAUAAUCUUGGCUUUUCUGUGGCGGAAUUGGGAAGCCAUGUCGCAGUACCUGGACCGGUUUCUGCUGCACCCCAGAUGACCUGCAGGGGGCGCUGCGGUUGUCGUUACAUGAAGGGACUGGAGGGCGGGAACUUUGAUUCAAAUAUGGAGACUAACACUGCCUCAGUUGCACUUAGUAUGAAGGGACACAAGGCGAAAGAGUGGAGGACACGGACAAAUCCUACAACCUCUUUUUCUUGUUUCUUUAACAGAAGGAGUGAAUUUGUUUACAUUUUGAUCCUUUUCUGUCGACAUAAAUUGUAUCGCUGAGUUUCCUUUUAUUUGUUGUUGGAAAUGAUGCAAGUCGUGUUGUUCUCGUAAUUAUUGUUAGGAUAUACAUUUAUGCAAUUUCCUGAGUGUUGCAUUGCAUUGAAUUGACUGGAGUGGUUUUAACAUGCACUGGAUGGAGAUGUUUCUCCUCGUUUUUAAUACCAUAGUAACUGCUCCUUUCCCUCCUAACUUCAAGCUGUUUCUUUAAUUUCUCUGUCUCUUCUACUGUUGUCUCGCAUCUCUAACUUGAUUCAUUUCCUGUGUUCAUCGCUUCACUCUUCUCACUCGAAACCAUUUGCUGCUGUUUGGACUUCACGGCAGUUGUUGCUGAAUGAAGGAAAAGAUGGAUUCGUUGAAGAGGAGGCAUCUGGAGUUUGAUCAAAUGGGCCGAGGAACCGUAACACUCUGGACCUCUUCGUCUCUGGCCCCAUGUCCUCAAAGAGGCACAGUCCCCUGGUGUAUGAACAGAACGAACAUACUUGAAGAGCUAGAAAUGCUCAAAGACUCUCAGUGCUUCCGUACUGUUUCUUAUAGCGACAAUGAAAUAGUCCUUUUUAGUUUUAUUUUUUAUUUUUUAAAACUAAAUGAAUAAACACACGGUUUUAAAAAUGCAAAGUUGCGUGAUUGAAUAAUUGUGAUUCAGAACAGUUCAAAUGCACCAAGAGUGCAGCAAUUUUGUGCCUUCACUUAGCAGAUCACAGGUUUAAAGUUUGCUCAUGCAUCUCCCAUCAACAGUCUCUUUUGGUUUAGGAAUGUUUAUUUAGUAAAGUUCCCUUUUUGAUACAGAGCUAAAAUCAUUUGUAAAACCAGAUUUUGGCAUAAGCAUGCUAUUUAAUUGGAGCUGAAAUCUAUAUUUAGGCAGAAAGGUAGGAUGUUCAGUUCUUUAAAGUAUGCAGGGUUUUUGAUAUACUUCUUCAUAUUAAUAUGUAAGUAGCAUCUUUAUCCUAUUUGAAAGGUAAUUUGUAAAACAUUUUUGGAAUAAGCAAUAUAAUCUAGUUUAUCUUUUUAGAAAUGAUUUUAUCUUGGGACAGAUGUUUUUAUUUAUAACCGGGCAAUUUUGUUAUAAAACUGUACUGCAGAUAAAUAUAUUACCGUAUGUAUUUGCUGUUAGGUUACAAACAGUUUCAUUCUUGCUUAGUCAAGCCUGAUUUUGUGUUUAUGUGGUUUGGCACAUUCGGACUGUUUAGCAUUUUUUGUAUCUUUUAUUUAUUUUUAUUUUUAUUGUUGAUUUUUGGAACAAUAUAAUUUUGGUCACUUACUGAUUUAGUAAUUUAUUGAUUUUUAUAGUUGUAUAACAGUGAAAGUGUGACAAAGUUUGCAGUCCUGAUAUUAAAACAAAGGUACGUUAAACCUUGUGCAUGUAACCGCAGGGCAAAUUACAAAGAUUACACAAUAUUUUUACUCAUCCGGGUCAUAACAAAAUGUUGAAUAAAUUAAUUUACAGCUGGA